AAACUGAAACAAUGGGUGACUGGAGCUUUCUAGGGAGACUGCUAGAGAACGCGCAGGAGCAUUCCACGGUGAUUGGGAAGGUUUGGCUGACAGUACUGUUUAUCUUCAGGAUACUGGUGCUGGGGGCUGCCGCUGAGGAAGUCUGGGGAGACGAGCAGUCAGACUUUACAUGCAACACUCAGCAACCUGGUUGCGAAAAUGUUUGCUAUGACAAAGCCUUCCCCAUUUCUCAUAUCCGCUUCUGGGUGCUGCAGAUCAUUUUUGUCUCCACUCCAACCCUCAUCUAUUUGGGCCACGUGCUGCACAUUGUACGCAUGGAGGAGAAGAGGAAAGAAAAAGAAGAGCUGAAAAAGAGGGGAAGUGUCAAAGAGAACAACCAUCCAGGAGCAGCAACAUCUGGUGGUGGUAGUAGAGGUGGCAAUAAUUUCAAGGAUCCUCCUAUCAAAAUGGGAAAGGAGAAGCUUCCGAUCCGUGAUGAGCGUGGUAGAAUCCGUAUGGGAGGUGCUCUGCUCCGUACCUACAUCUUCAACAUCAUUUUCAAGACGCUGUUUGAGGUAGGCUUCAUUGUGGGCCAGUACUUCCUUUAUGGCUUUGAACUAAAGCCAGUCUACCAAUGCAGCCGUCCGCCUUGCCCUCACACUGUGGACUGCUUCAUCUCACGGCCCACUGAAAAGACAAUUUUCAUCAUCUUCAUGUUGGUGGUGGCCUCUGUCUCACUGCUACUGAACAUGCUUGAGAUAUAUCACUUGGGGUGGAAGAAGCUGAAGCAGGGCAUGACAAGCCAGUACAGUCUUGAGAUGCCUAUUACAACACUGACACCGGUCAUGGUAACAGGGGAAUCCAAACCAGUUUCCCUGCCACCACCAGCACCACCAGUGGUGGUAACAACCACUGCACCUGCUCCUGUUCUGCCUGACACGCGUGCUGUCACGCCGCUGCUGGCUCCGGUGACCAUGGCACCCUACUAUGCUGCGGCUGCUCCUAGGGCACGGCCCCCCUCCAACACUGCCUCCAUGGCAAGCUACCCUGUUGCCCCACCAGUUCCAGAGAACAGGCACCGUGCUGUCACCCCUACACCCGUCUCCACUCCUGUCACCAUCCCAACUCCCAUCCCCACACCCACACCAGCCGUCAUCAACUACUUCAACAGCAAAAGCAAUGCCCUGGCAGCCGAGCAGAACUGGGUCAAUAUGGCAGCUGAGCAGCAAGACAAGGCACCCUCCAGCUCAGCGGGUUCCUCCACCCCUAGCAGUGUCCGGCAUCCCCUUCCAGAGCAAGAAGAGCCCCUGGAGCAGCUUCUCCCACCCCCAGCUGGGCCACCCAUCACCACAGCCAACAGUGGCAGCAGCACCAGCUUGAGCGGAGCAAGUGGAAGCAAGUGGGAUGUGGAAGGCGAGGAGGAGCUGGCAGAGGAACGGCCCAUCUCAGCCACUUGCACCACCGUGGAGAUGCAUGAGCCACCGUUGCUUGUAGACACACGGCGUUUGAGCAGGGCCAGUAAGUCGAGCAGCAGCAGAGCCAGGUCAGAUGACUUGGCCGUGUAGUGUGAUCACCGCUGUGCAGUGGAGCAGGUGGCUGAAGGCAGAGUGGGCAGGGGACCUUCCCCAGAGAGGCCAGGCCUGGCACGGGUGGGAAGGCCUGGGUUUCAACUUUGAUGCUUGCUGUUUUUGCACUCUGUGAGUUGUAGUGGGGAAAAAUAGCAACGUUUUCUAAUAGGUCAGGGGUGGCCAAAGCACAGCCCGUAGGCCAGGGGACCAAUCCUGCUCUCUUUAAUGUCCAUGGCAGAUCUCCCAAGGGCAGCCACAGUGGAGGCCUGCAGAGGUAACAGGUGGUGAUGGUAGCUGGUCAAGUGCCCUGAGGCUGACUUUCAUUUGAGCAAAAUGUUCCUAUCCCUACUGCCCACGUGCCUGCCCAUCAUCUCCUUCAUGCCCUUGUCUUCACUUCCAGCCUUUUCACAUAAGCUCUAUGUGAGCAGAUACUAUAACUUACUUUCUUCCUUUAAAUCCCGUGUAGCCCAAUGGCAAACAUCAGGAUGCCACAUUGCCUGUUGGCACCUGUCAUCUCUCUGGACCAACUUGCCAUAUCAAAGACCAAGGUGACUGCAGUCCCUUCCAUAUAACACAACUUAAAGAAGCCUUUGUGUUCAUGGCAAAUUGCCAAUGUGGUCCUCUUGGCUGGGCAAAGUUUAGGUAGCCCCUGUAAUAGAUUUUAUCAUUUUGAGGUUCAUCUUUCUAUUUUUUU